AUGGGAAGAUAUCGAUAUCUUUUGGCAAUGUUUGCGAUUUUCAAUAUUCUUUACUCGAUUCUUGAAUUAUUGACACCAAUUGUAAGUUUUCGAAAAUAAUAAAAAUACAACUUUUUUCAUGAGUGAUGUUCAGGCCAUUGAAACAACAUCUACUUGGUUUUCGGUUUUUUUGACUGAUGGUAUUUUAGAUAAUGACAUUUUUCUUGGCCGUGUUUUCAUAUCACUUCGUUGCUCUUUCAUAUCGUUAACUUAUGCAAUUUUGAUAAUUCAUUUUGUUUAUCGAUAUUUCGUUGCACUUGGGUGGGUUUGCUGUUUUUCUUCUUGAAAAUAAAAUUAAAAAAUGAAACCAUUCUGUUUAGAUAUUCGAACUCAUUGAACUUUUUCACUGAAAGAAAUGUGUCACUCAUUGUUUUGUUUUUAUCUUUUCAUGGAUUAUCUUUUGGUGGAAUAUGUGAGAUAUGUUUGAGACCUGAUGACGAAACCCGCGAAAUAAUGUCGAAUGUUUUUAAAGAAAAUCAUGACGUGUCGGUUUAUGAAGUUCCAAUGCUAACCGCAGUAUUUCGAAACUCUAGUAAAUCUUUGAUGUUUCGAAGUUGGUCUGGAAUGAUAGCCCUUACUUUGAUCUCAACUUAUGCUAUUUCUAGUUAUAUCAUACUUGGAAUCAAAGUUAGUGAUCUAGCAGAUUGUAAUUAAUUUCAUGUAUACGGUUUUUCAGAUAAUCUACAAACUUAAAAACACGAAAAAAUUGAGCAAACGAACUAUUAUCCUUAACAAGGAAUUAUUCAAAACUUUGAUUGUUCAAACUGUGAUUCCAAUAAUCGGAAGUUUUCUUCCAACAUUUUUAGCGUGGUAUGUACCUAUUUUUGGGUUGAAUGUUCCAUCUUGGUAUAAUUAUUAUGUAUGCACAGUUCCGUUAGCCGCAUUUCCAUUUAUUGAUGCAACAACUAUGAUGUUCAUAAUUCCUGCUUAUAGACAAACUUUUAGAAGUAAAAAGGUGCAAAUCACAUAUGUUAAAAAUAUAAUGACUUUAUGAGUAUUUGAAUGAAUAAUUUAUUAAAGAGAGCUCAGACGUCCUCACAUGAUAUGGGGGUUUUGUAGUUUGACGAAUACAAAAAUCGUUAUCGUCGUCUCAUUCAUCUGUCAACAAUGCAUAUUAACUGGGCUUUCGAAUAUAUUCCAAAACUGUUCUUUGGACUCUCCUUGAUUUUCAAUCCGAUUUUCAUUUACCUGAAUAUUUCUGACAGUAGAAAAGUUCUUGGGAAAUAUCGUUUUGUUUUGCUCGCUUUCUCGAUUUUCAACUCAAUUUAUUCCAUUGUUGAAUUUGCGAUUCCAGUUGUAAGUUUCAACUUUUUUCGAACUUUUUAAUGAGAAUUAUUAAUUUUAGGCAGUUUAUGGUCGUGAUCAAAUUGUACUUGUUUAUCUUGCAGAAGGUCCAUUUGAAAAAGUAUGUGACUUUUUGAAUGUAGAAUAUAACGUAUACUGUUUAUAUCAGAAUAUCUUCUUGGGUCAAUUGGCUGUUUCGAUUAGAUGUGGUUUCAUAUCACUGAGUUAUGGUAUUUUGACUAUUCAUUUUGUUUAUCGAUACUUUGCCUUGUUUGACCCUAAAACAAAUGACAAACUUACAAGCAAGAGUGGAAUUUUUUACUUGUUUUUGUUCUUCCUAUCACACGGUGUAGUAUGGACAUCGGUCAGUUUCAACCUGAAAUUUCAAGCAAGAUCCAAUAUAAUUAUUGUAGAUAUGUGAAUUCAUGUUGUACUCAACCACAGAAGCAAGGGAAAGAGUAAAAGAUACUUUCCAAGAAAGAUACGACACAGAUAUUUCUGAAGUCUCAUUUAUCAAUAUUAUGUGGAAAAGUUCUGAUAAAUCAUCGAUGAUUCGUUGUUAUACAGCAAUCAUCAUACUGACUCUAAUUUCUGCUGUUUCAAUUUCUUUGUAUUGCACUCUUGGAUACAAAGUUAGCGGCAUUCGUGAAUAACAAGAAGAAUGAGUCAUUGUUUUUCAGAUUGUGAGAAAACUACAUAGCGCCAAAACUAUCUCAAAUAACACCAAAAAACUUCACCGCCAGCUUUUCAAAACUUUGGUUAUCCAAACAUUGAUUCCACUUGUUAUAUCGUUCAUGCCUUGUAUGGUUGCAUGGUUUCUACCAUUUCUUGGAUUGGAUAUUUGGAAUUAUGGAAAUAUUGGAGUUGUUGCACUUUCUGCUUUUCCGUUUUUGGAUGCACUUGCGAUUAUUCUUCUUCUUCCUGUUUAUCGAAAUCGAUUCAAAGUGUCAACAACCCGAGACACAAGUAUAAGAACCAUUUCACGAUAA